GAAGGCUGACCCAGGCGGGCAGCUCCACGUGACGACUCACUAUGGCUUCCCUGUGUUGUAGCCGGCUGUCUGGUGGGAUUAUGUGAUUUGUUACUUCUCCGAGGCAGGGUAAUUGUCUCUCGACUUCGACAUGCAAAAAAUCAAAUCUCUCAUGACCCGGCAGGGUCUGAAGAGCCCUCCGGAGAGCCUCAAUGAUCUUGGUGCCUUUGAGAGCCUUCGGGUCCCUGGAAAGGAGGAAUUCAGGGAGCUUCGAGAACAGCCAAGCGACCCUCAAGCUGAGCAAGAGUUGAUUAAUAGCAUUGAACAAGUCUAUUUUUCUGCGGAUCCAUUUGAUAUUGUUAAAUAUGAGCUGGAGAAGCUUCCUCCUGUUCUCAAUCUGCAAGAGUUAGAGGAGUACAGAGACAAAUUAAAGCAACAACAAUCUGCAGUCUCUAAAAAAGUGGCAGAUUUGAUUCUUGAAAAGCAGCCUGCUUAUGUAAAGGAACUUGAAAGAGUCACAUCACUGCAGACAGGUCUUCAGUUGGCUGCUGUCAUCUGCACAAAUGGGAGGAGGCACUUGAAUAUUGCAAAGGAAGGUUUUACUCAGGCUAGCUUAGGCCUUCUUGCAAAUCAAAGGAAGCGUCAGUUGCUAAUUGGACUUCUGAAGUCGCUGAGAACCAUAAAAACAUUGCAAAGAACUGACAUACGCUUAAGUGAAAUGCUGGAGGAAGAGGACUAUCCAGGAGCUAUUCAGCUGUGCCUAGAAUGUCAGAAGGCUGCCAGCACUUUUAAACACUACAGCUGUAUAAGUGAGCUGAAUUCAAAGCUGCAAGAUACUUUGGAGCAAAUUGAGGAACAGUUGGAUGUAGCUCUUUCCAAAAUCUGCAAGAAUUUUGACAUUAACCAUUAUACCAAGGUUCAGCAAGCUUACCGGCUUCUUGGAAAAACACAGACUGCGAUGGAUCAGCUUCAUAUGCACUUCACUCAAGCCAUUCACAACACCGUAUUUCAGGUUGUGCUUGGCUAUGUGGAGCUGUGUGCAGGAAACACGGAUACAAAAUUCCAGAAGCUUCAGUAUAAAGAUCUCUGUACGCAUGUGACACCAGACAGCUAUAUUCCAUGCCUGGCAGACCUGUGCAAAGCACUGUGGGAAGUCAUGCUCAGCUACUACAGAACCAUGGAGUGGCACGAGAAACAUGACAAUGAGGAAACAGCUGCAGCUGCUGAAGGAAGCAAUGUGAUGAGUACUGAGGAGGCCACUUUUGACCGUGGCUAUGUAAAGAAGAAGUUAGAGCACGGCCUUACCCGGAUAUGGCAGGAUGUUCAACUAAAAGUAAAAACCUACUUGCUUGGAACUGAUUUAUCUAUAUUCAAAUAUGAUGAUUUCAUCUUUGUUCUGGAUAUUGUCAGCAGGUUGAUGCAAGUUGGAGAAGAAUUUUGUGGUAGCAAGUCUGAAGUUUUGCAGGAGUCCAUUAGAAAACAAAGUGUCAAUUACUUCAAGAACCACCAUAGGAUACGACUUGAUGAACUGAGAAUGUUCUUAGAGAAUGAGACAUGGGAGCUUUGCCCUGUUAAGUCAAAUUUUAGCAUCUUGCAGCUUCAUGAGUUUAAAUUCCUGGAACAGUCUCGCUCCCCAUCAGUUUCACCUAGUAAGCAGCCAUCAGCAACUUCUUCAAAGCCUGUGACUUUGUUUGAGCAGUACUGCAGUGGUGGGAAUCCAUUUGAAAUACAAGCCGACCACAAAGAUGAAGAAACUGAAGAUGUCUUAGCCUCUAAUGGGUAUGAGUCUGAUGAGCAAGAGAAGAGCGCCUAUCAGGACUAUGACAGUGACAGCGACGUCCCUGAGGAGCUGAAGCGGGAUUACGUGGACGAGCAGACCGGCGACGUGCCCGUGAAGAGUGUUUCCCGAGAGACCCUGAAGAGCAGGAAGAAGUCGGAUUACAGUCUAAACAAAGUGAAUGCACCCAUCUUAACAAACACAACACUGAAUGUAAUAAGGCUUGUUGGAAAGUACAUGCAGAUGAUGAACAUCCUUAAGCCAAUCGCCUUCGAUGUGAUCCAUUUCAUGUCUCAGCUCUUUGACUAUUACUUGUAUGCCAUAUAUACCUUUUUUGGUCGGAAUGAUUCAUUGGAAUCAACAGGACUUGGCCUUAGUAGUAGCAGACUAAAAACAACUCUAAACAGAAUUCAAGAAAGCCUUAUUGACCUGGAGGGCUCAGCUGAUCCAACUGCCACUCUCACAGCAGCCGAGGAAAGAAAGGAGAAGGUACCCAGCCCACACCUCAAUCAGCUAGUGAUUUUGACAUCUGGGGAUACAUUGUAUGGGUUGGCAGAGAGAGUGGUAGCCACAGAAUCCUUAGUGUUCUUGGCUGAGCAGUUUGAGUUCCUUCAGCCACAUUUGGAUGCUGUGAUGCCUGCAGUCAAAAAGCCCUUCCUGCAGCAGUUUUACUCCCAGACAGUCUCAACUGCCAGUGAACUGCGCAAGCCCAUUUACUGGAUUGUGGCUGGUAAAGCUAUUGAUUAUGAACAGAUGCUUCUCCUAAUGAUGAAUGUGAAGUGGGAUGUCAAAGAGAUCAUGUCACAGCACAACAUCUAUGUAGAUGCAUUGCUGAAGGAAUUUGAGCAGUUUAACAAGCGGUUAAAUGAAGUUUCUAAGAGAGUUCGGAUACCUCUGCCUGUAUCAAAUAUACUUUGGGAGCAUUGUAUACGAUUAGCUAACAGAACUAUUGUGGAAGGAUACGCCAAUGUCAAGAAAUGCAGUAAUGAGGGGCGUGCCUUGAUGCAAUUGGAUUUUCAACAGUUUUUAAUGAAACUCGAAAAACUAACUGACAUUAGACCUAUUCCUGAUAAAGAAUUUGUGGAAACGUAUAUCAAAGCCUACUACCUAACUGAGAAUGACAUGGAGCGUUGGAUCAAAGAGCACAGGAUUUUCUCUGUAUAGCCCUGGCUGUCCUAGAACUCACUCUGUAGACCAGGCUGGUCUCGAACUCAGAAAUCCGCCUGCCUUUGCCUCCUGAGUGCUGGGAUUAAAGGCGCGCGCCACCACGCCGGGCAGAUGUGAUUUUUUUAACUUGGAAUUUUAGAAGCUUUAGCUGGCUAGUAUUUGUAGUUCAAUGACAAUUCCCAGGGAAUUCCCUGCCAGUUCUUUGCAGACAAAAAAGCCGGAAGCUUCUCUAACAACUCACCAGAGCAAGUAUAGUGCCCACUGAUGAUGGAUACUGAAUGCUGAGCAGGCUAAGGAAUUCUUUGCCAGGUGCAUACCUGAAACCAUUUCUAAGAGUUUGGAUUGAACUCUGCCCCGUGCUUUAAAAUAAUAUUGUCUUUACAAUACCUUCAGUGCACGUAGACUUUCUUUUCUCUUACAAGGUGAAGGCACACAGUUGUCCUUCCUUAAGUUGUCCUGUUGAUCCAGGAGAAACACAGUAUGUAAGAAGUUCUGAGGAACUGCCUAUGCCCAUCCUAGCAGUGCACUGUUGAAACACAUAAACUGGAGAUCUGGACAGUGAGGAUAUUUUCUUCAUUUUACUAACUGCCCAACAGUUAUAAUAUCAGCAGUUUAAAAAGAAUGAUUUGGAGCUGGAGAGAUGGUUCUGCAGUUACGAGCACGUGUUGCUCUUUCGGGCCUGACUCUGAGCAUAUACGUGGUACCUCACAAACAUCUGUAACUCAGAUCCAAAGGAUCCAGCACCCUCUUCUGAACUCUACAGACAGCAAGCACAUGUGGAGUACAUACACAUUUAUUAAAGGCAAAGUACUUAAACGUAAAGUAAAUCUUUAAGUCUUCUAGGACAUCUUCCUGACUUGUAAUCUAAUUUGUUUUCAUGUCUUAAAGAAUCAUUGUUCUUUUGGAGAUUUUAGCUAAAGUGUAAAAUGUAUAAUGCACUAUAAAAUUUGAAAUGAAAAUGUAUUUUGAUAACUUGAAAUCAGACUACCACAAAAACAAGUACAAAAUAUGCGCCCUUUAACGCAAUGAGCAGCACAUUGUGUUGCUUUGUCAUUGACAGAGUGUUGCUGCCUGCCUCCAGGAUGCUCUGCCCUCCUCCUCGCCUCCUAUGUAGCAUAGUAGUAGUUUGCCUUACAUGCUUCUCCUGUGCCUUCCAGCACUCUCAUUGGGCCACAGGGCUCAGCCCGUGCCAGCCUUAGAUGUCUGCCUGCUCUGUUGUAUUAAUCAGUUCUAGUGCAUUGUAGGUUACAUUUGGAUUUUCUUUCUUUGGGCAGGAAUACUCAACGAAGCAGUUGACCAACCUGGUGAAUGUUUGCCUAGGAUCUCAUAUCAAUAAGAAAGCAAGACAGAAGCUCCUAGCAGCUAUAGAUGAGAUAGACAGGCCUAAAAGAUAAUGAACAGAGCUCUUUCCUCGGGGACAUUGAUCUUCUUUCGGCCUGUACGACAUGAAAGGCAGUUCUUCAUACACUCCUCAUAAUUCUCUUCUAAGAAAACUUUGAGCAUGUUCUUUGGAACUGGAAAAUAGAAAAUACUCAACUGUGUGUGGUGUUCUCAAGUGACUUUUAUAUGCUCCAGUUUCUUCAAAUUUUGCUCUUGUUGUAACCUUUUCCUGAAAUUAUCUUACUCUCAUAAUUAUUAUGUGACUACAAUUACACAUGUUGCAAAAGAGUGUACUAUAAAUACAUAGUUGGAAGGGAUAGUGGCUAAUGUGUCUAUGAAUAGUUUUUGGAGAGUGUCUUAAAUGGGAGGAUGAAUGUACAGUAUUUCCUAAUUAUGAGCAUUGCAUGAGAAUUUUUAAAAAAUGUAAGUAAAAUAGUUGGAAAAUCAAUAUGUUCUCUGUUUUUAACUGUCAGAGCUUCUGCCAGUGUUAAUUUGGCUAUAACAGUGAUCAUAAAUGAUGAAAUUUAAUAAAUGUUACACUCUAAAAUUACCAGGUGUGUGAGACUACUACCUUUUGAUAUUCCUGUGUGAUGGGAAGACUUCAGGAGACAGUAGUGUCAUUUUUUAUUAUGUCCUCACCCUUGUUCUCUAUCUUGAAACGUCUGGUCGGAUGACAUUUUAUUGUAUGGAUUUUCCAGUGCCUGAGUAGCAUAUUGAACAAUUACUAACUAUGCAUUUUUAUAAAAAUAUAAAAUAUUUUACAGGA